AUGAACAACAGCAUCGCCAAAUAUCAUCCAAAAUGGUAUGUCCAUACCCACGAAAGAUGGUUUGACCCGGCGCUAGAUAUGCAAGAGGAAGACAGGACUUUUAUUGAAGAGGAGGUUGUUAGUGAUUCCGUUACCAUUAGAACUCGUAAAGUUAUUUCCAACCCAUUAUUGGCCAGAAGACAAUUUGUCAUUGAUGUCUUACAUCCAAACAGAGCUAACGUCUCUAAAGAUGAAUUACGUGACAGAUUAGCUGAAAUUUACAAAGCCGAAAAAGAUGCUGUUUCUGUUUUUGGUUUCAGAACCCAAUUCGGUGGUGGUAAAUCUACCGGUUUCGGUUUAAUCUACCAAUCUGUUGCUGAUGCCAAAAAAUUCGAACCAGCUUACAGAUUAGUUAGAUACGGUUUAGCUGAAAAAGUUGAAAAACCAUCCAGACAACAAAGAAAACAAAAGAAGAACAGAGAAAAGAAAAUCUUUGGUACUCAACGUCGUGCUGCCAAGAGAGCUGCUAGAAGAAACGCUGAUUAAGUUAAUCAAUGAAUUUAUAACAUGGAGAAGAGAAUUCGAAAUUUGGCUUCUUUUUAUCAGACCUUGUAUAGAAUAUAAUAUAAUAUAAUUCCUGUCAUUUGUGAUUUGUUGUCUUUAUUUUGUUCUUUCUCUUUUUCAUGUUUCUUUAUUGGUUUACUUUUCUUUCUUUCAACUUGAUGAUUUUUUAGUUGUUGUUUUGGGGUGCAUCAUCUACUUUAAUAAUUAUUAACAAAAAAAAACAAAAAACACAAAAAUCCACAAUCACAAAUAAAAC